AUGUCCCAUUUCCCCCUGUCGUUUCCUAACAUCAUUGUACUGCAGCGGAUACCGGACAUCCACCCAUGGAUCAAGUCUGUUGUGUACCAACAGGGCAGUAGUCAGGAAAGUGGUCUGGAGGCUGUUGAAAUUGAUGAUCUGGCGAGUAUUCCAGAGGUCAAGCUGACCGCCACUGCUGUCACUAGCUUUGUUGGUGGCUACCUGUAUAGUAGACAGGACAGCGCUGCCAUUGCAGUCAUCACUGCCAUCAUCGCCAUUGCAUUGGGGAUGCUGUUUUGCUGUGGUGUGGUUGGGAGACGCCCUGGAGAUGACAUUGGUCCGGGGCCGGUGGACUCCGUACGGGAACUGCUUGCGAGAAUCGACGAAGUGGGUGAAAUGCUGCCAAACAUCAGAUACAAUGUGAAGAUUUUGGCUUUUCUGCAUGCCUGCAUGACAAAAUUAAAAAAUGUGCAUGAGUUUCCAAAGAAUCCAGACAAAUGGAAUGAGCUGGUGAAGGCCAUCCAUGAUGGCAAGGAGCUUACAUUGCGACACACUGGAGAAUUCGACCUAUGGAACUACUAUACAGUUGAUGAAACAAUGCAUUUGGUCAACGAGUAUUGCGAAUACAUUCUGGGGUGGGCAUACCAGAGGGGGGUUGCAGCUAACACACAGAAAAGUGUUCCUGAGUGCGAUGCACAAGAGGAUAGAACGUUUUUGGAGCAGCAUCUGGGGUACGUGGUUGGGGUUUUGGGUCCCAACAGUAUUGAUGACCGAUUCCGGGAGGGGUGGGCAACUGCGAGGUUGCAACUUGAGGAACAGCUCCAGUUUGUGCAACGGAUCAGCAGGAAUAGCGUUGACUGGGAAGGAAAGACGGAUAUCGCAGCUGGUGGCCAGGGCAAAGUUUACAUGAGCAGUUGGAAUGGUACAAAAGUGGCUCUGAAGGUGCCAAAAGAUGGAGGGAGGACAGGGAGGCGUCAUGUCAUGUUGACAGAGUUUUGGGCGGAAGCUGCACUCACUACAGCUUCGAAACAUGCUCACGUUGUGUGUGUGCUGGCCAUGAGCGGCUUUGGAGACAGCAGUGGGGUCGACCCCAAGCCCUUUCUGGUCAUGGAACUAGCAACCGAAAACCUGGGUCAAUGGUACCAGCAGUGCGACCCUGAGGCCUGGCCACUGAAGUGCAAUGUGUUGCUUCAGGCUGCCAAAGGGCUGUGCCAUUUGCACAGCAAUGGUGUGGUUCAUCGUGAUGUGAAGCCACAGAACAUUCUUGUCUUUUCUGAUGGCCAGGAUGGUGUUCCAGUCAUCAAAUUGUGUGACCUUGGCGUGGCUGUAGGUCAGUCAGCGAGCUGGAGAAGGACGACCCUGAAGGAUCAGCCGGGAACCACUUUGUACCAAGCCCCUGAAUUAUUUGACGGCAAGCGCAGCAGCCCUGAGAGCGACGUCUUCAGUUUUGGCGUAGUUAUGAAUGAGGUCCUGGCAGGAAAAGAGCUUCGUGUUUAUGGGUUGACGGCAAAACUGAAAGGCAAACUGCCCCUUGCGAUUCCUGAUACCUGCCCAGGUGACCUCAAGCGCCUGAUCCAGAGGUGCUUGUCGCCCGAUCCUAAUGCAAGACCGGCGAUGAUUGAGGUGAAGGAAAUCUUAACGAAGUAA